AUGGAGGCCGGGCACAAGGCGCUGCCGGGCGAGGAGGCCGGGGACAGGCCAGAGAACGGCGGCGGGGGGUGGAACCACAAAACCAACCCCUUCUGGACGGCCGUCUUCGACUACGAGGCGGCGGCGGAAGAGGAGCUGACGCUGCGGCGUGGCGACCUGGUGGAGGUGCUCUCCCAGGACUCCACCGUGUCGGGAGACGAGGGCUGGUGGACGGGGAAAAUCGAGGACAGGGUGGGCGUCUUCCCCUGUGACUACGUGGCCAGCGGCCCCCCAGGCGGCCCCUACCCUCUGCCGCUGGAGAUCUCCUUCCAGGAGCUGCUGCUGGACGAGAUCAUCGGGGUGGGGGGCUUCGGGAAGGUCUACAAGGGCGUGUGGCGGGGGGAGGAGGUGGCGGUGAAGGCAGCGCGCCAGGACCCCGACGAGGACAUCGGCACCACGGCCGAGAGCGUCCGGCAGGAGGCCCGGCUGUUCUGCAUGCUGCGCCAUCCCAACAUCAUCGCCCUGAAGGCCGUGUGCCUCCAGCCCCCCAACCUGUGCCUGGUGAUGGAGUACGCCCGGGGCGGCGCCCUCAACCGAGCGCUGGCCGGCAGGAAGGUGCCGCCGCACGUGCUGGUGAACUGGGCCGUGCAGAUCGCCCGCGGCAUGAACUACCUGCACAAUGAGGCCGUGGUGCCCAUCAUCCACCGCGAUCUGAAAUCCAUCAACGUCCUGAUCCUGGAGAAGAUGGAGGACGGGGAGCUGGGCGGCCGCACGCUGAAGAUCACGGACUUCGGGCUGGCGCGCGAGUGGCACAAGACGACCAAGAUGAGCGCAGCCGGCACCUACGCCUGGAUGGCGCCCGAAGUCAUCCGGCUCUCGCGCUUCUCCAAGAGCAGCGACGUCUGGAGUUUCGGGGUGCUGCUGUGGGAGCUGCUGACCGGGGAGGUGCCGUACCGAGAGAUCGACGCUCUUGCCGUAGCCUACGGUGUGGCCAUGAACAAGCUGACGCUGCCCAUUCCCUCCACCUGCCCCGAGCCCUUCGCCCGCCUGCUGGCAGAGUGCUGGGACCCCGACCCCCACGCCCGGCCGCCCUUCGGGAGCAUCCUGGGGCGACUGGUGGCCAUCGAGCACUCGGCCAUGUUCUCCAUGGCCCUGGACGCCUUCCACUCGCUGCAGGAUGACUGGAAGCUGGAGAUCCAGCACAUGUUCCGUGAGCUGCGCGCCAAGGAAAAGGAGCUGCGGAGCCGGGAGGAGGAGCUGCUGCGGGCGGCGCAGGAGCAGAAGACGCAGGAGGAGGAGCUGCGGCGGCGCGAGCAGGAGCUGGCCGCCCGCGAGAUCGACAUCGUCCAGCGCGAGCUCCACCUGCUCAUGGACCAGCUGCACCAGGAGCGGCCCCGGGUCAAGGGGCGCAAGGGCCACUUCAAACGCAGCCGCCUCAAGCUGCGCGACGGGAACCGCAUCAGCCUGCCCUCAGGCUUCCAACACAAGAUCACGGUGCAGGCGUCGCCCACCCUGGACAAGCGAAAAGGCCCAGGAUCCAACGGCACCAGCCCCCCCGCGAGCCCCGUCAUCAUCCCCCGCCUGCGGGCCAUUCGCCUGCGGGAGGCUGGGCCAGGACGCAGGGGGUCCCGCUCACCCCCCCUCGUUGCAGUGACGCCCGUGGAUGGCAGCCAGACGUGGGGCCGCAGCGCGGGGCUGAAGAAGGAGGAGCUGGCGGGGAACAAGAAGAAGGGGCGCACGUGGGGGCCCAGCUCCACGCUGCAGAAGGAGCGGCUCGGCGGGGAGGAGCGGCUGAAGGCGCUGGGCGAGGGCAGCAAGCAGUGGUCAUCCAGCGCCCCCAACCUGGGCAAGUCCCCGAAACGCGCCCCCAUGACUGGGGGCUUCGCCAGCCUGACGGAGAUGGAGGAGUACGUGGAGGCGGAGGGCAGCACCCCCCAGUCCCCGGCUGAGCUGCCCCCCGGCAGGGCCGGGCCCCACAAGCGCAGCGCCUUGGCUCUCCUGGGCUGUGCCUCCAUCCUGGCCUCGGUGGCACUGGGCAGCGACCUGCUGGAGCUGGGCCGGGAGCAGGCGGGGGGGCCGUGCCCGCGGGGGGGCCGCGCCCAGGGGCCCCCCAGCUCCGUCACGCUGCUCUCGCUCUCCUCCCUCUCCGACUGCAACUCCACCAAGUCCCUGCUGCCCUCGGACGAGGAGCCGCUCGCCCCGGCCCCCAGGCCCCCGGCCUCCCCCCUCGGCGCCCCCCCCGCCCAUAACCCCCUGCUGGACCUCCGGGCCGAGAGCUUCAAGAGGGACCCGCGCCAGUCGCUGACGCCCACCCACGUGACGGCCGCCCAGGCGCUGCCCCGCGGGCACCGGCGAACGCCCUCGGACGGGGCCCUGCGCCCACCCGGCCAGCAGGGGGCGCCUGGGGCAGGCUCCCAGGAGACCCUGGACCCCCCUGCGCUCUUCCCGCCCCCAUCGCGGCGCAGGCCUCCCGAGAAGGAACCGGCCGUGGAGCGCCCCAAGACCCUGGAGUUCGCGCCCCGGCCCCGCCCCUCUCCCGCCCGCUCCCGCAUCGACCCCUGGAAACUCGUCUCCUUCGGACGGACUCACCGCUCGUCCCCGGGCAGCGGGUGCGAGACGCAGGGGGAGCUGGGCGGAGGCGGGGGGGAGCGGCCGGACCCCCCCAGUGCCCGCCAGACGCUGUUGGACAUAGACAUGGAGGGGCAGAGCAAGGACAGCACGGUGCCGCUCUGCGGGGGGGCACCGCACGCCGACAGCCUGGACGCCGACAUGUCCCACUGA